UUUGUGGAAGAGUUGGUUGUCUCCAAUGUCUGCCUUUUUGCUUCUAAAUCUCAUGCUUCUCAUUCAGCCUGCUUUUCAAAUACUAGAUAGUGACAGUUUUCUGAUAUACAAUGAAAACCUUGGACUUUGUCUACACCUUCAACAAUCUCGCUCCCUCAACCUGGAGGAAUGUAAUAAGGAUAAUGAGUGGCAAAAUUUUAAGUGGGUUUCUGAUUACCAAAUAUUGAAUAUGGCAGUGAAAUUGUGCCUGGCAGUACCUUCAAAAGGAAACCAGGUGCCAGUCACUCUCUCUCCUUGUAAUGAGACCAGUGGUCUUCAGAAAUGGACGUGCAGAAAUGAGACCCAUCUGGCCCUUACAGAAGAAGAAGAAGAAGAUCUGUUUUUACAUCCUGCUGAUGAUCAGAAGGGCAACGUAAUAAUAUCGAAAGCAUCCUCCACAAAGAGUACCUGGAAAAUCUAUGGAACAAGUGAUGGCUUGUGUUCAAAGGGAUAUGAAGCUCUUUUCACUAUAGAAGGCAACUCCUUUGGAGCCCCCUGCGUAUUCCCAUUCAAGUAUAUGAAUCAAUGGCAUGCCAAAUGCAUCAGUGAUGAUGACGAAAAUGCACGACUCUGGUGUGGAACGACAGCCGAUGUGAAUAGAGAUUCUUUAACUGGAUAUUGUCCAGUGAAAGAUGAUCAUGAUGAAUUCUUCUGGAUCAGAAACCAGUGGACAGGAGAUCUCUACCAGAUCAAUUCCGAUUCAGCUCUUACAUGGUUCCAAGCAAGAAAAAGUUGUCAGCAACAAAAUGCAGAAUUAUUAAGCAUCAAAGAGCUGCAUGAACAAACAUACCUGACAGGAUUAACAAGUAGAGUGGACACUGACUACUGGAUUGGUCUUAACAGUUUAGAUUUGGACAGCGGAUGGGAAUGGAUUAGCAAACAUCCGUUAAGAUACUUAAACUGGUCACCAGGUAGCCCAUCUUUGGAAACAGCUAAAAGCUGUGGAUCAAUGCAUUCUACGAACGGCAGAUGGAGGAAUAAUUUGUGUGACCAGAAGUUUGGGUACAUUUGCAAAAAAGAAAACUCUUCACUAGAUGAGCCUGUUAUUCCCACAGGUUGGAGGCCCAUUAAAUGUCCGGAUGGCUGGGUUGCAUAUGCCCAGCACUGUUACCAUCUUAACAGAAACCCCAAGACAUGGAAAAGUGCACUGUCAGCCUGUCGAAGGUCAGGUGGGGAUUUAAUUAGUAUACACAACACUGAAGAAUACAGCUUUGCCAUUUCUCAGCUUGACUACAAAACAACAGAUAUCCUGUGGAUAGGACUGAAUGACCAGAAGAGCCCAAUGUAUUUUGAAUGGAGUGAUGGCAGUAGAGUGAGAUUUACCAAGUGGCAGCGAGGAGCACCUACACACAUCAAUAAUGUGCAAGAAGAUUGUGUUGUCAUGAGUGGAGAGAAUGGAUAUUGGGCCGAUUAUUCCUGUGAAGAGGAACUUGGUUACAUUUGUAAAAGAGAACCUUUGGCAUUUCUUCCGGAAGAAGCUGAAACAGUUGAUCCAACAUGCCAAAAAGGCUGGAAAAGGCAUGGUUUUUACUGUUAUUUAAUUGGGCAGACAUCUGCAACAUUUUCAGAAGCAAACACAUUCUGCGAAGCCAACAAGGGAUCUCUGACUUCUGUGGAGGACAGGUAUCGGAAAGAUCUUCCUGAAAUCAAGAGGAACACAGCAAAAGAUAAGAAUUUAAAAAUAAUCAUAGCUGCAAUGGCUGAAAUCCUUCAGUACGGCUCUGCCAGUGCCAUGGAAAGGACAUCAAUACCAGCAGCAGACUUCUUUGGCUUCCUUUGUGAUGGGGGUGGUGCAUGUGGCUCAUUCAGUAUGCAAAGGAAGUAAGCAUCAUGCACCCCAAAAUCAAAAAAGGAAGCCUUUUGGUGCUGAGAGUGACACCAUGCCCAUUGUGCAAGCGGGGCUGCUCAACAGGAUUUUAAUCAGUGUAUUUCUUUGAAUGUCAUAACAUUGCCAAUCCUCUACUUUACAAGAAUUUAAAUUCUUUGUCAUUAAUUUUCUGA